AUGUUAUCAUGUGACUUACAGAUGAGAAAACUGAGAUCCAGAGAGGUUGGGAAAUUCACCCAAGGCCACACAGUGGGCAGAAGGGAAGGGAGGGAGAAAGAGAGGGAGAGAAACAUCAAUGUGUGGCUGCCUCCCACAGCUCCCCACACUGGGGAACCCGGCCUGCAACCCAGGCAUGUGUCCUGACUGGGGACCAAACCAGCGACCCUCUGCUCCUCAGGCCGGCACUCGAUCCACUGAGCCACCCCAGCCAGGACUCACAGGACUCUUAAUGCGACCCUGUGUGCCUAGUGAGGCUCCAUCCUGCCUCUGGCCCUAGGUUUCUGUGGCUCCCUCUACCUAAGGCAUCUUCCACUCUUUCUUCAACUCCCCAGCCCAUGAAGCUGUCGCCCCUGCCCCCAGGUGCCACUUUCUCCAGACCAGUGAGGCCCCCUCUGGGGGUUCUUGCAACUUCAGUCCCUGUUACCUGACCUACUGUUUGCUUUGAAACAACAUUAAUAAUUUCUUAUGCUUUUUCAUUGCUCGCUAGAUGGUAGCUACUGGGAGGAUGGGGCUCGGGCCUCUCUUGGUGUCUUCUCUGUCUUCUGAGGAUCUAGCUCACAACUGGUGCUCAAUAAAGGCUUGUCCUGGUCUGGGUGGAGCAAGGGCGCCCCUCCUUCACCUGCAGCCCAGCAGCUUUGUUGGAGCACAGACAGAGGGCCGUGGGAGUUGUCCCGGUCCCGCCCCGGGGCUCACCUGCCUGAGGAAACAGGAACCACCAGGGCGUGGCCCCGCCCGGCCCUGCUGACGUGUGGGCCCUGAAUCGAAACCCAGGCUCCUGCAGGCACAGCACAGGCACAACCAGAAGGAGGGCAACAGCCACCCAGGGGCCUCCCAGAGAGGGAAGGAGGAAGGGAGAAAGAGAUGAAGAGAAACAUCGAUGCUGGAGAGAAACAUUGAUCGGUUGUUGACUACUGCAUGCUUCCUGACCAGAAACCACACCCCCAACCCAGGCACGUCCUCUGACCCGGUGACACCUUCCCUCUGAGGAAGUCAUGACAGAGACCAGAAAGCUGCCGCCCACACUGCCCCCACGAAUGGACUGGUUCGUGCACACACAGGUGGGCCAGCUGGCCCGAGAAGGAGUCCCUUCGUGGUUCCAUGGCGCCAUCUCCAGACAGGAUGCAGAGAGCUUGCUGGAGUCACAGCCGCUGGGAUCCUUCCUGAUCAGGGUCAGUCACAGUCACGUGGGCUACACGCUCUCCUACAAAGCCCAGAACUGCUACCGCCACUUUAUGGUGAAGCUCUUGGACAGCGGGAGCUUUCUAAUCCCUGGGGAGGACAGCACCCAUGCCUCGCUGGACGCCCUGGUCACCUUCUACCAACAGCAGCCGAUGCGGCCACACGGGGAGUUGCUGAGGCAGCCCUGUGGGCAGGUUCCCUCUGCCCCACAGAAGGAUCCUGCAAACGUGGAUUACGAGGAUCUCUUCCGUUACCACAAUGCUUUGGCUGAGGAAGCUGCCAGCCCCACGCCUGGUCCCAGUGAGCAUCAGAAUGCUUCCUCCCAUCCCGUGGCUGCACCCAAAGAGGUUUCUGCAAAGCCAGCCCUGCUCCAUCAGCCGGAGGAAAGGAAGCCAUCUGCAGAGGUGUGCAGAGUGCCCACAGAGGGAGCUGCCCCCUCCUGUCCCCGAAAAGCCCCUCUCGACGAGGCCUGUCAGAAACUCUGGAGGAACCUCAAGACACUGCCCCAGACGGGUAAGAGAGUCCAGCAGCAGUUGAAAUCCCACCUGGCAGCUGUGAGCUUGUUGCCGCUCCAGGACUCCAAGCAGUCGGAGGCGACUCGCAGCCCAGGGGUCCAGGUGGACGUUGGGGUCUGGGACAGUCACACCUACACAGACCCCCUGGUGGCCACGUCACUCGCAAGCCCCUCACAGCCCCAGGCUCCAAGAAACAGAGACAAGUCCUCCAGGAGGGCCUCAAAGUCAACCAGCUGGAGUGACAUGACCCCAAGAACCAGGAGUUGGCACCAACCAAUAGUGAGGUCCCUGUCCUCACAAUUGUCCAAAUUGGAGCUGAGGGACUUGGCUGAGCCCCGGGAGGACUGCCUUCCCGAGGAGUACCGCCCACCACCACCCUUCGCCCCUGGGUUCUGCUAGAGAAGAGGUUCUCGCUGGCUCUGGGACCGCUGCUGCCGGGGAGCUGCUCACACAUGGACCCCUUGCUUUCUAUACACCAGCCCUCUGGACCUGAGAAAUGUAAUAAAGACGUCGCUUAGUUCUGGUCCUGCAAAUGCCAA